GACAGUUCAGGACACGGGUGGUCGGUGCACACAGCGGGGACAGUUCAGUACACGGGUGGUCGGUGCACACAGCGGGGACAGUUCAGAACACAGGUGGUCAGUGCGCACAACAGGGACAGUUCAGGACAGGGGUGGUCGGUGCACACAGUGGGGACAGUUCAGAACACGGGUGGUCAGUGCGCACAACAGGGACAGUUCAGGACACUCACAGUAAGCAGCUUGCAGACCCUCAGCGGCAGGCGACUCCAGACAGGGAGGACCAGCAGUCGGCGUUCCAGGGACAACCAGCAAUCAGCAGACAGCAGCAGCUCCCCGGGCACUCAACAGCGGAUGGCUUCCAGGGACACGCAGCCAUGGACAGUGUGCGGGGUCCCUAAGCAGCAGCUCCCAGGGCACUCAGCAACAGACAGCUUCCAGGGACAUGCAGCCACGGAUAGUGUGCAGGGUCCCUCAGCAGCAGCUCCCAGGGCAUUCAGCAGCAGACAGGGUGCAAGGGUGCUCAGUAGACAGGCUUACAGACUUGCAGGGUCUGGCAGGGUCUCAGCUGUGGGGUCUGACCUUUGAGGGGAAGACUCAUGCAGAGCUGUGGAG